UCAAUCUGACUGUCAUCAUUAUUCGCUGCAUUCAUAUGCAUUGUGAUUAGGCGGGCGGUUUUAAUCAGCAGCAGUUUCAGGACCAGGCAACUUGCAUGUUUUCUAAUACCAUGAAAAAAAAAAACUCUUGUAUGACAGACCAUCAUGCUCUGGAAACUAUGGCUUCCAAGGCUAGCUCUUCGCUCUAAUCUCUCUAAUCAUGGAGCACUAGGUUAAGUUGCUGUUUGGAAUCUUCUGUACUUGAAUAAAAGGGAUUAGGUUUUCAGCACGUCGAUGUAACGAAUCAUCGCAGACUUCUGCUUCUGCACCGACGAUUGUCCGCGAUGUAAAUGUGGUUGCAUUGUUCCAUCGAUCCACCAUGGCAGACAAGCAACCGGUCAGCUUGAUCAUCAAGGCGAACCUCGAGUGCGACAAGUGCUACAAGAAGAUUCAGAAAGUCCUCCUCAAACUCAAAGAGAAGGAGAAGAUCCUGAGAGUGGAUUAUGACAACAAAGGCAACAAGAUCGUCAUAUGCGGCUACUUCAAGCAGGAGGAGCUCGCCCAGAAGCUGAGAUGCAAGCUCUGCGAGGCCAUCAAAGACAUCGAGAUUGUGCCAGUGAAGAAGCUUGAGGAGAAGAAGAAGGUCGAGGAGAAGAAGCCUGACGAAAAGAAGACGACCGAGGAGAAGAAGAAGACCGACGACAAGAAGCCGGAGGAAGGCAAGAAGGACGAGAAGCCGAAGCCCAAGGACAAGGAGGAGGCGCCCAAGGCCGCGGCGGUGGCGCCAUCGACGACGGUGAACCUGCAGUUCACGCAGAUGUGCGGCACAUGCUACCCGUGGCCAUGCACCGACCCGAGCCACUUGGGCGGCGGCUUCGUCCACCCGCAGUGGCCGUGCGAGGCGCCGGCACCGCCGGCGUUCCCUGGCCACCAGCACCCGCCGUGGGGUGGCGUCGUCGCUCCAGUCAUCCCGAAAUGGCCCUGCGGAGGCCCCUCGUACUGCGGCGGGUGCGGCACCUGCGGCGGCGGGUGGCCGGCGAUGACGAUGCCAGCGCCGCCGCAGCCGAUGUGCUGCCCUGGGCCGUCGUCGUGCAGGGGGUGCAAGGGGUGCCGGAUCGUGCAGGAGGGCAAGUUCGUCUACGAGGAGUACCCGCACCCGCCCAGCAGUGCAUGUGCCGUCAUGUGAUCCACUGACAUCCACUGUGUAUUCUGUACUGUACGUAGUUGACAUUCUCUCUUCUUCCCUUCUGCCUCUGAAUCUGCAAGUGUUUGCUCAUAUUAUUAUUCCUCGGCUCGUCAUCCAACUGCAGCUAGCGAUGAAGGCGUCCUGCCAUGUUCGCAUGGGUAGGGAUCCUCUAAAAGAGGUGACACUGGUGGGCCUCACCAUGUCUGACAUGUCAGUGACACGGGUCCUCCUGACUUUAAGUCAGAGAAUUCCAUUCCAACGUAUUAUUGUCUAACUGUGAUUAGUCGACUCGUGGAUUCUAUCAGGAGCGAAACGUGAAACCACGUGUCAGUGACUCACGUUAGAGGAGAGAGCGUUAAGUUAGAUGAGUUUUGUAUGUUUGCAUGCAUGGUGAUAUAUUUUUUUUCUCUUCUGGUGUAGCAAUAAAUUUUGAAAAUCUCUUGCUGGGCCUUUUUGGUGCUCAGUUCAUGUUCAUCAGUUGUAGUAUACUAAUAUUUGGUUUAUCAAGCACGGCAAGCUGUAGAAAUGAACGAAGUGACAAAAAUAAUG